AUGGUGUCUCCUGUCACCGUGAUGAUCACGGGCGCCGCUGGCCAGAUUGGCUACGCGCUCGCCCCUCAGGUAUGCCGUGGCGCUAUGCUCGGCCCCGAUACGCCCAUCAUCCUCCACCUCCUGGACAUUGCUCCUGCCGAGACCGCGCUCAAGGGUGUCGCCAUGGAGCUCGUCGAUGCGGCCUACCCGCUGGUGAAGAAGAUCGUCGCCACCGUGAACCUCGAGGAGGCUUGCAAGGGCGUCGACGUCGCGGUCAUGGUCGGAGGGUUCCCCCGCGGUCCCGGAAUGGAGCGUAAGGAUGUUAUGGCCAAGAACGUCGCCAUCUACAAGGGCCAGGCGUCCGCCCUGCAGGAGCACGCCAGCCCCGACGUCAAGGUUGUGGUCGUGGCCAACCCCGCCAACACCAACGCGCUGAUCCUGUCCAACUAUGCGCCCAAGAUCCCCAAGGAGAACGUCACCUGCCUGACCCGCCUGGACCAUAACCGCGCGCUCGGUCAGGUAUCCGAGCGCACCGGCGUGCCCGUCUCCGACGUCAAGAACUGCAUCAUCUGGGGCAACCACUCGUCUACCCAGUACCCGGAUGUCAACCACGCCACCGCGGGGGGCAAGUCGGUGCGCGAGCUGGUCAACGACGACGAGUACCUCAACGGAGAGUUCGUCACGACCGUGCAGCAGCGCGGCGCCGCGAUCAUCGCCGCCAGGAAAUUCUCCUCCGCCCUCUCCGCGGCGUCGUCCGUGUGCGACCACGUCAGGGACUGGGUCCACGGCACGCCGGAGGGAACGUGGACCUCCAUGGGCGUCAUCUCCCCGGGCGGCGACGCCGGGUACGGCGUAGAGGCCGGGCUGAUGUACUCGUUCCCCGUGACGUGCGCCGGGGGCAAGUGGAGCAUCGUGCAGGGCCUGGCCAUCGACGACCGGAGCAGGUCGCUCAUGGACGCCACGGCCGCUGAGCUCAAGGAGGAGAAGACAAUGGCCGAGGAGCUCAUCGCGGCGAUGUGA